AACGCCCCGUCACUCAGCAGCCGACUGCACCGCCUUCACAACCCAAAGCUUCAAAUACAUGCAGACUGACGCUAGUUGGCCAGCGGCAUCGACCGAAACCAACAGUAGAGAAGAGCCUCGUCGACCGGGUUACGCCACCUGGCACUCACACUUAUCCAGCAUUAAUUGGGGGUUACAUUUAAUCCAGUACAAGACGGUGAAUUCACGGGGAAAGAGAGCGUUAUCGAGGGACCGUGUAACAUUUGACGUUUUAACACCGCGCAUACGUAGUUUUGGCUUGCUAGCCGGCUAACUGUGCUAGCCAGGGAAGAAAAAAGCCGUCGAGUUGACCUAGCGUCAGUUAUUUCACCGAGAGCGAAGCAUCUCCGCGUUUUUGUUUGUUUGGAUUCGCAACACCGUCAAAUUAAAGAGCAGAACACCAAGAGAGGAUGGCUCUGAAAAGGAUCCACAAGGAGCUUAACGACCUGGCUCGUGACCCUCCAGCACAGUGCUCAGCCGGCCCAGUGGGGGAUGAUAUGUUUCACUGGCAAGCCACAAUCAUGGGACCUAGUGACAGUCCAUAUCAGGGAGGUGUUUUCUUCUUGACGAUUCAUUUCCCAACAGACUACCCCUUCAAACCCCCCAAGGUUGCAUUUACGACAAGAAUUUACCACCCAAAUAUUAACAGUAAUGGCAGUAUCUGUCUGGAUAUUCUCAGAUCACAGUGGUCUCCUGCUCUUACUAUUUCUAAAGUUCUUCUCUCCAUUUGCUCACUCCUAUGUGACCCGAAUCCCGAUGACCCGCUAGUGCCAGAGAUCGCACGAAUCUACAAAACAGAUAGUCAGAAGUACAAUAAACUAGCACAGGAGUGGACAACUAAGUAUGCCAUGCUUUAGGAUACACCAAAAUGGCAAAAGAAUGGACACAAAAAUACGCAAUGUGAUGGCAUCGUUUGGAAACCUGGUGGAAAAUGUGGUUGCUGGUUCAAACUUAAAAUUCUGGGAUUCUGUUUUACUUUUUCACUUUAUUAUUAUUCUUUUUUUGUUUGUUUUUUUUUUUUUGUGUUAAUCAGAGCAUUUUACCCCUCCUUUUCCCACCUGCGCGCUCAUAAGAAGAUAGUGUUUUCUCUCUAGGACAUGUGCCAGUUUCUGUCAAGUUUCGGCUCCUGUUUUAUACAGGGUUAAAAAAAAGUAUGUAAAUCACGAAAAUAUCGUGGUCUAUACACCCGGCUUGAGCAUGCACCAGUAAGAGUUUUCAACCCAAAAUUGGUGGUGAUAGUAAUUUACUCUGCACACACUUAGUAGAAUCUGAUGCAGCUGUUCUCCUGAUGGUGAGUGGCAUCACCCAUAUGAUCUAGUUGUAGACUGGCUGGAUCCUCUGGGGUUGCUACUUGGCCAUAGGCUGGGCUUUCGUGAGCACUUGAGGCAAAGCCUGUAUGUCAUUGUGAAUUUUAAAAUUUGCAUUAUUUUGCUACAUUUAGGGGGGGGGGGGGUGUCUGAGAAGGAAGAAACUGGUCAGUGGAUUCUGUCUCUGCCUCCUGGACUGUUGUAAUGUCAGUUUGUUAUGAUGAAUGGUAAAGGAAUUUAUUACCCAAUAAAGAAGUGUAUCUUAUUCCACUAUCAGUGUGUACAGAGAAUCACAGCAGUAUAUAUCAAUGUUAAGGAAACAAAUAUAAGAACUUCAAUGUUGUAUUUUAUGCAUGUUAAUAAAGGUAGGCUAUUAUAUCUGAUAUGUUCCUGCAAAUUAAGUGAAUUGUUGGUUGAACAGUUGGAAAAAAAAAAAAAUUGGUUCCCCUAAAAGGCCUUUUUUUUUUUUUUUUUUUUUUUUUUUUUUUUUCCUUAAUUUAGAAGCCAGUAGUUAAACUCUUUAGUUUUACACCCACUCAAACACUGUCUUCUUGUAGCCCUAAAAAUAUUGAGGCAAAGCUGAUGGUUGAUAAUCAACUUAUGGCUCUGUUUCUUUUUAGUUUCCCUUCAAUAAAGUUGCUUAAACCAUAAAA